UAAGUUGCUCAGAAUCUCCAAAAAUGUUGCCACACCCAUGGAUCCUUCAAAAAUACACUAUUUUUGGAGAAUCCGACACAUGCAUUGACAUUUUUGAAUAGCCCGAGCAACAUAGCUAGGCACAGUACCUAUGUUGCAUCAAUCUGAUCAAAAAAUAGAUGAGAUCAUGACCGGGCAACUAUUUCGUAGAAAUUAAAAAUAAGCAGAUUCUUCCAGCUACCCAACUUAGUAAAGAGCGUCAACACUUUCAUCACAUAAUUGAUUUGGGCUUUGCACUACUUGUCUUUAACAUAAAACAAAUAACUGGCUGUGCGCGCAAACUGGCCCAGACAUCACGGUUAUCAAAAAAUAAAGCUCAGCUCCUGUUUACCAACACUGUUCAUGUCGUUCGAGUUAGACACACAAUCCACAAUUACAGUAUAAUAUAGUUUGGUAUCUCUAGAUAAGGCAUAUUUUUGUUUCAAGAUACCAUAAUGGAGCUGAGAUGCUUUUCCAGAAACCAACAAAGUCUACAGCACAAGAAGAUUAUAUAAAUUCCUUCUACUUCUAAGCUCAUUAUUACCUUCGUAUCUUCAAUCAUGAACAUUAUUAUAGUAACGAUUUUCCUAGUACUACUCCCGGUAUUCCUCCUCCUUGUUCGGAGGAGAGGAUCAUCGAAGAGGAUUCCACCAGGAUCCCUUGGAUUUCCAAUCAUCGGUCAAAGCCUCGGGAUGCUAAGGGCAAUGAGAGCCAACACAGCAGAGAAAUGGCUUGAAGAAAGAGUCCAAAAAUAUGGCCCUAUUUCGAAGCUAAACCUAUUUGGCAAACCCACAGUAUUCAUUUAUGGACAGGCUGCUAACAAGUUUGUAUUUACCAGUGAUGACUCUGUCCUUACUAACCAGCAGCCACAAUCAGUUAAGAUGAUUCUGGGUGAUCGUUGCCUUGGGGAACUCAAUAGCGAAGAUCAUAAACGGGUUAGAGAUGCCUUGGUAUCAUUCCUAAAGCCAGAUAGUCUGAAGUGCUAUGUUGAAAAGCUGGAAGAAGAAGUCAGAAUCCACCUUGAGACUUACUGGAAAGACAAGCAAAUAAUUAAGGUAUUACCUUUGAUGAAGAGACUAACCUUCAACAUUAUUUGCUCUCUCCUUUUUGGGCUUGAUCGUGGAUCUCGAAGAGACCAAAUGGUUCAAUAUUUCCAGCAGAUGAUAGAUGGGAUCUGGUCAAUCCCUAUAAACUUGCCCUUUACGCGAUUCAAUCGCAGCCUCAAGGCAAGCAAAGAAGUUCAAAAGAUGCUGAAACAACUUAUUUCAGAGAAGCGAUAUGAGUUUGAGAACAACUUAGCUUCAUCUCGCCAGGACCUCAUCACCUGUUUGCUCAGCAUCCGUGGAGAGAACAACCAAGAACUCAUGUCUGAAAAUGAAAUCAUUCAUAAUGUCAUGCUCAUCAUGGUUGCAGGACAUGACACUUCAUCCAUCUUGAUAACUUUCAUGAUAAGACUUUUAGCAAACAAUCAGAACAUCCAUGCAGCUGUCCUUAAAGAACAAGAAGAGAUAGCAAAGAGCAAGUCAUCUGGAGAGUCCCUAACUUGGGAAGACCUUGGCAAGAUGAAGUACACCUGGAGAGUGGCAAUGGAGACACUGAGAAUGUUCCCUCCCGUUUUCGGAGGCUUCAGACAGACUGUAAAAGACAUCGAGUAUGGGGGUUACCUCAUACCAAAAGGAUGGAAAAUAUUCUGGGUAACUGCUAAAACACACAUGGAUAGCAACAUUUUCCAAGAACCAGAGAAGUUUGAUCCAGCACGCUUUGAGGAUACAUCAUCUUUGCCUCCUUACAACUUUGUUCCAUUUGGAGGGGGAGCUCGUAUAUGUCCUGGAUACGAGUUGGCAAAGAUCGAAACUUUGGUCACAAUCCAUUACCUAGUAACACAUUUCACAUGGAAGCUUUGUUGUACAGACGAUUCCUUCAGCAGGGACCCAACGCUAGUACCAACUCAAGGACUUCCCAUUCAAAUAACUCCCAGAAAAUCUCUAUAAUUUAAUUUCAGUCAUACAUGUUACUCCAGGAAGCAAAUAUAUGAUGCAAGAAUAAAGCAAUGGCUUGUGUGGCUGUACCUAGCCAUUAAAGUCGCAAGGAGUUGAAGGUUUUUGUCAGUCUCUCAGCUGUUAGUUAGCACUUAUGUCUGUCUGUUUCUGGGAAUUGGACACUUUUGGUCCUCUUAUUCUUCCUCAUUAUCACAUACUAGAUACAGAAAUAGCUUAACCUUCAAGGUUUCUUUUUCCUUUUUAUCAUAUGCUGCACUGUUCCAUUACUGAGUUUUCAAUAUGGCAUCAGAUUACUCCCUUUAUUAUGAUGUACUAGUUCUUGAAUACGUGUAUUGCACAUGUAUCCCAUAUUAAUAUGUACAUCUUUCUUAAAUGAUAUAAAACAAUAUUAAAAUAAGUCUCAA